AUGAAUCGCAGAAUGCAGGCUGCUGGUUCUUCACCCAUGGGGCACCCCCCUGGUCCCCCCCAGGUUGUGCCAAUGUCAAAAGUUGAGCUGUCAGUGUCGGCCAAGGAUCUGAAAAAUAAGGAUGUGAUGAGCAAAAGCGAUCCUGUCUGUGUGAUCUACAUGAAGGAGACUGGACAGGACCGAUUUUAUGAAAUUGGCCGCACUGAGAUGGUCAAGGAUUCCCUUAGCCCCCAGUGGAUGCGCAAGUUCGAGGUUGAUUAUCGUUUUGAGGAGAGACAGGUCCUUAGAUUUGCCGUAUUUGAUUGGGAUAACAAGAGCACAAAAACAGACAGUCAAGACUCACUAGGGAGUGUUGAAUGCUCCUUAGGGGAAAUUAUGGCUAGUCAAGGCUCACAGCUUAGCAAGCCAAUCCAGGGUGGGAGUGGAGUUUUGCUGGUGCAAGGUGAUGAAAUGUCAGCUUCUAAAGAAGUUGUGACAAUGAACUUCACUGGUUCUGGCCUUGACAAGAAGGAUACCUUUGGAAAGAGUGACCCAUUCCUUAUCUUUUACCGCUGCAAUGACAACAGUUCUUAUCUCCCUGUCCAUAAAACUGAGUUUAUCAAGAAGACACUGGAUCCAGUCUGGAAACCAAUCAUUGUACCUGCAAGGAUUCUCUGUGCUGGAGACCAGAAUCGGAGCAUCAAGAUUGAAUGCUAUGACUGGGACUCGGAUGGAAGUCAUGACCUGAUUGGCGAAUGUUACACCAAUCUAGCCAGACUUCAGGAGGGUCCUGGGACCAGCAAUGUCUACCAGCUGAUCAAUCCCAAGAAAAAGGCAAAGAAGUCAUCAUAUAAGGACUCUGGAAAGCUGAUUCUGAACUCAAUAACAUGCCAUGUGGAGCCAACCUUCCUGGACUAUAUCCGUGGUGGAACUCAGAUCCACUUCACAGUUGCAGUAGAUUUCACAGCUUCCAAUGGUGAUCCACGCACUCAAGGGUCUCUCCACUAUCGCCAGGCAGGAGUGGACAAUCAGUAUUCUCUGGCAAUCAAGUCUGUUGGAGAGAUCAUUCAGGACUAUGAUUCAGACAAGAUGUUCCCUGCUCUUGGCUUUGGUGGCCGCAUUCCUCCUAACUGGCAAGUGAGCCAUGAGUUCUUCCUUAAUGGUAGUGCAGACAACCCUUAUUGCCAGGGUGUGGAAGGGAUUCUGCAAGCUUAUUACCACUCAUUGCAGACAGUUGGUCUGUAUGGCCCUACCAACUUCUCCCCAGUAAUAAAUCAUGUGGCUCAGUUUGCAAAAAGUCACCAAGAUGGGAACAAUUAUUUUGUUCUUCUGAUUAUCACUGAUGGCAUCAUCACUG